UCUCUCUCCUCUUCUUUGAAGAAUCAAAGACCUCAUCUACUCCAUCAUUUUAGAAAAAAAAAAAAAAAAAAAAAAAAAAAAUCAAAUUUAGGGUUUUUAGUAAAUCUUCCAUCAAAUGCAUCUCAAUAUUUAGGAGUCUUAAAGUUCUCAUCUUUGAGUUGAUGAUGGAGUUUUCUCUCUCAUGGUUGGUGAUUGAAACGAUGUCGUUUCAGAUCCAAGUCAAGCCCAUCCACUUGAUUUUUCCUCAUUUUUGAGAUAAUAAUCCAGGAAAGUUGGGAAGGAUUAGCAAGUUGUGUACGAUAAGAUCAUUGAAGAUGGUAACGACUUCAGUUGAAUUAAAACCUUUCAGUGAUCCUUCUGGCGAGACUCAUAAUAAGGCGCCUCAAAAGUGCACCCAUUUUUCUAUACGGGGGUAUGUAUCAGAAGUCCGCAAAAGUGAUCCAACACUUUACAACCCAUUUCCGUUGAAGAACACCCUUAAAGCAUUUUGUUAUGAGCUGCCUCCUAUGGAGGUUCCCGUGUUCAAAUGGUGGCAAUGUGUUAGUCGUGUCCCGAAAUCUAGUGUUUCUGAUCAACAUGCAGAAGCUCCAUUGCUUAUACUGGGGCAAUCUUUAAAGGUCAAUGUUGAACAUCCUAGAUUGCCCAAUGGUGAUCCAAAAGGAAAAGGCAAAGCUCUUGUUCAAUAUGAGCCUUCCGGACCCACAGCUUGGGGAAGUGGUUUUGACAAAGAUUCAAGGCAAGGACUUUUGCUGUUAACUACUGGUAACAAUGAAGAGUGCUCAACUGCUGCUAAAAAAGAGAUUGAAUUAGGAGUAAGAUGCAAUGGAAAUGGGACCAUUGAAGCUCAUCAAAUAGAUAGUAGAGUUAAUGGACUUGAAGUUGGACCAACUCAAGUGUAUGCAAACCACAAUGUAGCAGAUUAUUCACCCAUGAAUGUUGUGGGAAUGGAGUUAGAUGAGUUUGCUAGCGCACGAAACAAAAGUCGUCUGGUGAACUUACCGGAUCUGAAUGAAUGCAGUGGAGCACCUCUGUUUGAUGAAACUAAUGAACCCAUGAUUACUAAUAAUAGUAACAAUGAUGUAUUUUGUGAAGACGAUGAUGAUUGUUUAAGGGCCGAGUGUAGGAAGUUUCCUAAAUUUAGGCUUUUGAGUGAGAUUUCUGCCAAGGGAAGGAAGAAAAAUCAUUUAGUGACUAACUCCGAAUCUACAACAGAACCAGAUGAUGAAGAGAUCAUCUCCACUGCGAUGGCAAAAAGGCGGUGCAAGCCUAGAUUUCCUUUUAUAGAAAGGAAGAAUAAGAGGAGUAAACUUGAUCAUGCUAGUUCAUUAGAGGGUUGGGGAAAAGGGAAAGGUGAGAAUUUGCUGCGAAAAACUGACAUUACUGAUAGGCUAAUCGAAAGAAGCUUUGUUAUAACGAAAAAGAGAGGGAAGCAAGCAAUGUCGUUUGCACCCUGCAAGAGGAAGGUGCCUGAAGAUGAAAAUACUAGGAAACGUCCAUCUCAAAAGGUUCAAAAAGCUUCUGAAGAUGGUAUUAAGUGUUCUAGAAGCUUUAUAAUUAAGAGGAAAUGCCAACCGUAUGUUCUAGAAGAUGGGUUUUGUCUUCCAUCAUCAGAGGCAGACCCAAUGCUCGUUGAUGGCUCUCAUCCAGAAAACCAAAACGACGUUAAGGAGACUAGCACUACAGGAAAUUUUGAGAACCUAGUUGCUGAAAAGAGCAGUCCUUUGGCACAGGAUACAUCUGUGCAGGUGUCGGAUUCAGUUCCAAAGCAGAAAGAACAGACGGAUGAAGUUAAAGGGCGUAUGCACGACAUUGACAUCAACAGUAUCCCUACUGACGACAAAGAUGCAGAUGACAUACCUAUGGAUAUUGUUGAGCUAAUGGCUAAAAAUCAGUAUGAGAGGCAUUUGGGUGACCUGAAUGAGAAGCAUGGUCACCCAGCAGCCCUUGGUAAUUCUGAAAAAUCAACCAGUGAUAAUGGAGUUAAUGGAAAUUCGGGUCAUUUCUGGGACUUUAACCAUAAACCACCAUGUAUUCCAAGCUUUUGUAGGACAGAAAAUCCGAUUGCUGCAAGAUUUGUCUACCCAAUCCAAGGCGAAGAGUACGAUUCCCCAAACGCUCCACCCUCUGGGUCGUCCUUAAACAAUUGGAAUGUCGGUUAUAGUAUGGAAAAACCGCAAAGAUACACUCCACAAUUUGUUCAACCACUGGAAUCAUAUAGGAUUCAACCUUGUACACCGAGACAGAAUACUAUUGAAGACCCUCAUGUAUACCCUUUGGUGGUGGCUAGUCAUAUGCCUAUGGGAAUCACCAACCCACAGUUGAUCCCACAGAUUUCGAGUGUUCUAAAUAAGAGUAAAAUCGGCUGCCAUCAACGUUCUAGUAGCAUCUUGGCCUUCGAUGCACCGGGUCCUGUCAGCCUUGGGAAACAACAAAGCUUUGAUUACUCAAAUGGUUACCACGUUAGAGCACAUUCGAAAAGUUCAGCUUGUUCAGUUGAUGGGUAUAGCAAAGAUGCCAAUUCUGUUAUGCAUUUACCGAGUAUGAUGCAAAAUGGAGCCAAUAUGCAUAGUGUAGCUGACUUGUCCUUGGCUCCCCCUCGACAGGGGUUAAGGCCAUCUAGCUCGAGGCAGCCAUUUAUCGAGAAGAAUGGUCAGAGUUCCACCAUUCAAGAAACUACUCAUCGUUCAUUUUACCCAACAGCAAUUCCCGUAGAUCGUUCUUUUCCUUGGUCCUUCCAAAAUGAUGCAGGAAAACAUGGAAAGAUUAGUAGUAACACAGGGUUUGUGAGCUCUAUUCCAUUGACAAUACAGGGGCAAAGAAACGUAGAGAGUCAUCAAAGUCGACAAGUGAGAUUUUUCGAGGAUGUUGCACCUAGCAUUGUGGUUCCAGGGAGAGUAAGGUGCGAUGAGAGGAUCAUUUCACCAAACCCUGAGAAAAUGAUCUGCAAGUUGAACCAGAAUCCAAACGAGUUUAAUGACCUUAAGCAGAUGUCUCGGUAUAUGAUCAGGCCACAAGAUCUAAGGCCUAGGGAAACGAGUCGUGAAAAAUCAUCCCGAGUCAGAAAAGACUCAAACAAACAAGACAUCAGACUAAACAAGCAUAAUCGUCCUAGUAAAGAGCGCGAACAACAGAGGAAACUCUAAAUAUUAUUGACACAUCCUGAUGGACAAACUCAUAGGCCAUUAUAAUGUCUUUGAUAAUUUUAGUACAAAUUUCUGUUAUGUUGGUUAAUUUAUGAUGAGGGUAUUUAUAGCCUUAGGUUGUGGGGUAGUAUACUUGUAUCCUUUCCUUCCAAGGAAAAUAUAGGAUGGAAUUGGUUUUAAAUUAUUGUUAAAUUACAAUCUAUACAAACUUUUUAAUAAUAG